AGUAGACAGCGUGAGUCGGGCCGCGCCGGUCGCACACAGUUCUACCCGCUCCAUACAGCGCGGCAAACUUCGCUCGCGGUACAAAUCGCGACAACAAAAAUCACAAGAGACGACCCGGCGCCUAAACGCUGUAAAAGUCGUAAACCCGCAUCCCGACUCGUAAAAUAAUCGUAAAAAGUAAACACACGUCGACUGGCCUUUAUCGCCGACGAAGCCCAUUAUGACGCUCGAGUGACGUUUAAGAGGCAAUAAAAUUAAUAAAAUUAUAUUUAAAUCGUCUGGUUUGGUGUGACAUUGGCGGAGGUCGCGUUAUCAGAGCGCGUGGGGGCGCAAUGACAUAAGUGCUUCUGAAACUUGUGACGUUAGUGCCGGUGACUGGUCAGAAUGAACUCCUACUUUGAGCAAGGUGGUUUCUAUGGGGCCCAUGGGGUUCACCAGGGCGGCGGUGGCGGUGAUCAGUACCGAGGUUUUCCAUUAGGGUUGACGUAUGCCCAACCUCAUGCGUUACACCAGCCGAGGCCGCAAGACUCUCCCUACGACGCCUCAGUAGCUGCUGCAUGCAAAUUGUAUGCAGGUGAACAGCAGUACGCGAAGGCGGAUUGCUCAAAAGCCGGUGGCGAGCAACAGAAUGGUUAUGGUGGGAAAGAAUGGGGGUCUGGUCUCGGGGCACUGGUGAGGCCGGCAGCGUGCACGCCUGAAGCACGGUACAGCGAAUCUUCGAGUCCUGGAAGAGCUCUACCCUGGGGAAACCAGUGCGCGUUACCCGGAGCGGCCGCAGCUGCUGCACAACCAGUACAACAUCAACCCACCAACCACACGUUCUAUCCUUGGAUGGCCAUAGCAGGUCAGUGAUCUUACGUUUUCACAUAACUACUCAUUUUAUCAUUUAUUUUAUGUUUUUUAUAUCAAACUAUGACGGCAGAAAAAGCACUAAACUUAGUUUGAAUUAUAACGUGAAAUGGAUAAAAAAAAAAUCGGUAC